AUGUUUGAGCAGGAAAAGAUUGUUCUCGAUGGAGCUGGCGCAAUUGGUCCGUCAGCUUUGCUGGCUGGCAAUAUUGAAGGACUGUCAGGAAAACGAGUCGUUUGCAUACUGUCGGGAGGGAACAUCGACAGCUGUCUAGUUGGACGGACUAUUGAGAAAGGGUUAGCUAUCGAUAACCGCUUAAUUCAAGUCAGAGUAACAAUGCCAGAUAUGAUUGGCGGCUUCAAUGAGCUAUUCGAAAUAUUCGCCGAGAAUGGGAUCAUCAAUAAAGGAGUUUCUGACGAGGUCCGGAAGUACAUGUAG